AAUUAAACGGCCAUUAAGAAAAAAAAGAAAAGAAAAGAAAAGAAAAAUACCCGUAUGAGCAACUUGUCGUUCAUCGCAUUGUUAUUACGCAAGCUACGGCUGUUUUGUCCUUCUUUCGUCAACACUUCUUCUUCAGCUCCUGUAAAGCGGAACAGACAACCUGCUGGCUGAUAACAACUUAUCUUAACAAGAGUUCUUCACAUAUUUUUAUUGUCCAAAAAAUCAAAGUUUCUGAACAUUUCCCUGUAUUCAAUGAUUGUCCACUACUGUUUCGCAGCGCCAUCUCUCAAUCCUUCGCCACUAAUCAUAGCUCAUGACAAGAUUCCACUAAAAAUAAAAGCUGCAGCAAAAUUUACUCAAAUGCCUUCAUGGGUCUCUCUGAAACCAAUUCCUCCUUCACUCAAAACCCAUGAAAAUAAUAACAAAGACCAAAUUGAGAGUGUCCACUUAGAGGGAAAGCUCAAGGAAGCUCGUGAAUUUCUCAAACAAAUGGAGGAGGCUGGUAUUUUUGUCAGCCCUCGUUCUUGUCGAUGCUUGUUGGAAGCGUGUGGAAAGUUUAAAUCUUUUUUGGACGGGAGAUUGAUUCAUGAAGUAAUACAAAGAACAGUGAAAGUUCCAUUUGGGUUAGCGGAGAACCCAGUGCUGUUGAUUUGUGAGUGUGGAAGCUUAGUUGACGCACAAAAGGUGUUUGAUGAAAUGAGUGAAAGGAAUCUGGUUUCUUGGAAUACCAUUAUAUCAGCUUAUGCUGAAAACGAUGUUUUUGAUAAAGCUAAAGAACCGAAUGGGUCCUCUUAUAAUGGGCUUUUAAGGUCUUUUCUAAAUCCUUUCAAUUUGGAGAUUGGUAAAUAGAUGAUACAUUCUCAUGCUAUAAGAAAGGUUAGUAGGUUAUGCAAUGAUGCGCACUUGAAAUGUGGUUGGUCAGAGGGAGCUGAGCUUGUUUUCAACAAAAUAAGUGAAAAGAAUGCAUUAACUUGGACUAGGUUAAUGGUGGGGUACACUCAAGCUGAGAGGCAAAUGGAUGCUUUGGCUUUCUUUGCUAAGAUGGUCAAUCAAGGUGUUGAAUUGGAGGAGCAUGUGUUCUCCAUUGUUCUAAAAGCGUGUGCUGGCCUAGAGGAGUUGAGUUUUGGGAGGCAAAUUCAUGGUCAUAUUCUUAAACUUGGGUUGGAAUCUGAAAUUUCUUUGGGAACUCCUGUGGACUUGUAUGUUAAAUGUUCCAAGUUAGAAAUAGCGUCUAAAGCAUUUGAGUGUAUCAAUGAACCGAUAAUGUAUCAAUGAACCGAUGAUGUUUCUUGGAGUGCUUUGAACACUGGUUAUUGCCAAAGGUGUGAAUUUGAUGAAGCUCUCGAAACUUUUGAAUCAUGGAGGACUAGAAGUGUGGAUAUAAAUUCCUUCACUUAUACAAGCAUUUUCCAAGCAUGCUUUGCACUCACAGAUUUCAACAUUGGUGCCCAAGCUCAUGCAGAUGCAAUUAAAAGCACUCUAAUUGCAUAUCAACAUGGAAAGAGCGCAAUGAUUACCAUGUAUUCAAGUUGUGGCAGAUUAGAUUAUGCCACUUGAGUCUUUGAAUCAAUAGAUGAACCCGGGGCAAUGGCUUGGACUGCUAUAAUUGCUGGUUAUGCUUGUCAAGGAAAGGCUCCUGAAGCUCCAAAGUAUUUCAAAAGGAUGCAGGAUUGUGGUGUUAGAUCAAAUGAAGUUACAUUUAUUGCUGUUUUAACUGCUUGUAGUCAUUCGGCUCUGGUCACGGAGGGCAGACAAGAUUUGGAAUUGAUGAGUAGCAAGUACGGUGUUGUUCCAACUGUUGAUCAUUAUGAUUGUAUGGUUGGUAUAUAUUCCCGAGCUGGUUUUCUGCAAGAAGCACUUGAACCAGUAAGGAGUAUGCCAUUUUCAUCACAUGCAAAGAGUUGGAAAUGUUUGUUGGGUGGGUGCUGAACCAAUGGGGAUCUUGAGAUAGGGCAACUUGCAGCUGCAAACCUCUUUCAACUGUAACUAGAGGAUACUUCAGGUUAUAUAUUCUUGUGUUUAACCUGUAUGUUUCAUUUAGGAAAUGGAAAGAAGCAGCUAGUGUUAGAAAGAUGAUGACACAAAGAAGUUUGAGGAAGGAGGUUAGCUGCAGUUGGAUUACUGUCAAGGGUAAAUUGCAUCAGUUUAUAGUGGGCGAUGAGCACCACCUUCAGACGGAAGAUACCUAUUAUAAAUUGGAAGCUGGAAGUGUAACGUUUUGAAUUAAAGAGAUAGGAAAAGGCUAUAAAGCCCUUGAAUGCUUAGAUGUAGGAAUAAAUGAAUGAAGGGUAUUGUGGUAAUUUAACAAAACUUGAUAAAUAUACAUAGGAAAAAAAGGAAAAAAAAAA